AUGUUCUAAAAUAUAGAUAUUUUAAUACCCAUAUAUUUUAAGUUGUCUGAAACUUUGAAAACAAUUUGUGCUUUUACUUUUAUUAAUUAUUUUGUUAAGUAUAUAACCACCAUUGCUCACAGAUUAUUAUUGGAUAAAAAUUUUUUAUUUGAUAUUAGAGAAAAGAAAUAAAUAUGUUAAAAAUUCCACUUUAAUAUUUAAAGGUACAAGAGAUGGAUUAAAUGCAUAAUAUUUUUGGAAGGCAGUCAAUAAUAAAGAGAAUCUACUUAUGAUUUUUUAAUCCAAAAGUGAAUAUAUCUUUGGAGCAUAUUCUCCUUGUAAAUGGUUACUUGAUCAAGGUGAUGUAGCAGAUCCCACAUAUGCAUCCUUUUUAUUUUCAUAAACUCAUAAUUUAGUUUAUCCUUAGAAGUCGUCUGCAAGAGCAAUUUAUUGUUCUUCUAAUUAUGGGCCUACAUUUGGAGAAGGUUCUGAUAUUUGGAUCUGUGGAGAUUUUACUGACAGUUCUUCUAGAAUAGGUUAUACAUUUCAGUUUCAUUAAUAUCAAAAUGGAAAAAACAAUCCUCAUUUGUUUGGAUAAAUUUAGCCAUAGAUUAAGGAAUGUGAAAUUUAUGAAAUAUGA